GACCAGGUCACCUAUCAACGUUGACUACAUAUGUGUGUGUAUAUAUAUAUGAUCGUUGUCAACACAUAAGUGAUUCAAUACUGAUCUUGAUGAUCUCUUCAUAGUUACAGAGUAACAUGAAGCGUCAAUUACGAGCCUCACCCAAGACGGUAUUCAUCUGUUUCCUGCUGGUGUCUUUAUAUGCAGCAGGGACGUUUCUGAAAAACGCACUUUUAACAUUUCAUGAUGAAAUAUUUUAUAGAGGUGGCGUUAAGAGGAGGUAUGACAAUGAUGAUGUACUACAUCACAUUGGUGAUACUCAACAGACGGAUGUACAGACAUAUAUACACACGGCUGCAAUAGACGGCCAGAAGGAUGUACACACAGCAGUCAGAGACAGUCAGAAGGAUGUGCACACAGCAGUAAGGGACAUAAGGAAGGAUGUGCACACAACAGUAACCGACAGCCAGAAGGAUGAGCACACAGCAGUCAGAGACAGCCAGAAGGAUGUGAACACAGCAGUAAGGGACAUAAGGAAGGAUGUGCACUCGGGAAAAGCUUUAGAGCAACCUGUCCAACAUACACAGAACACACAGAGUGUGGAGUAUUACGUGGAGGAAUAUGGAGGAGAGGACAGUAAUGUGACAUAUCCUCCGUUUGUGGAGCACAGUCCGGAGAAUGGUCCAGGUGAGUGGGGUGUUGAGUACCGGUACUCACCAAAGGAGGAAGAGAUCUUGCAGUGGACAGAAGGACGGAGAAGGAACAGAUUCAACCAGAUGGUGAGCGACCGAAUCUCCGUGCAUCGGCGUCUCCCAGACAGUAGGCUGGAUGAAUGCAAGUCACGUGUGUAUCCAGUCGAUCUACCUCCAGCGAGUGUCAUCAUCUGCUUCCACAACGAGGCUUGGUCCACUCUCCUGAGAUCUGUUCACAGCGUCCUUGACCGCUCUCCUUCACACCUUGUAAGGGAGAUAAUUCUGGUUGAUGAUGCAUCAACUCAAGAGCAUCUGAUGAGCCCUUUGAAAAAGUACAUGUCAAAACUUGGGAAGGUCAAAAUUGUCAGACUGAGGAAACACCAGGGGUUAAUCAGAGCGAGGCUGGCCGGAUAUGACGUUGCCACUAGUCCGAUACUGGUGUUUCUUGACUCCCAUAUCGAAUGCUACCCAGGUUGGUUGGAGCCACUACUAGAUCGCAUUCAGAGGAAUCCAAAGACUGUACCGAUCCCAAUGAUUGACGUGAUCCAUUCAGAACAUUUCGGAACAGGUAUUCUGAAUACAACCAAGCGUUUAGGGGUGUUUAGAUGGAAGCAGUUAAAAUUCCACUGGGAGCACGUCAGCAAAGACAGAAGAAACACCUUGAAAACACCCACUGAACCUAUCAGAUCCCCCACAAUGAUUGGCGGGUUGUUUGCUAUAGACAAACACUGGUUCACAACUCUGGGAACGUAUGACCCGGGACUCUUGUACUGGGGCGCAGAGAACAUGGAACUGUCUUUCAAAAUAUGGAUGUGUAACGGAACCCUGGAGGUUUUACCGUGUUCCCACGUCGCUCAUGUAUUCCGCAAUGUUAAUCCAAUAAAGUGGCACAGAGGUGGGAAGCCUUCCUUGACCAACUCCAUACGGGUUGCCGAAGUCUGGCUCGACGAGUACAAACACUAUUUCUACGAGGCUAACAGAUUGUCGCCGGGCAUUGACUAUGGUGAUGUGACGGACCGGAGGAAACUGCGGGACAGUCUUCAUUGUCAUGACUUCCGCUGGUAUAUAGAAAAUAUCUACCCGGAGUGUCCUAUCGCCAAGGUUUUGAAUACGGGAGAGAUUCGAAGCGUUUCCAGACCAACUCACUGCCUAGCUGGGGGCAACAAGAAACCAACUAUUCUCCGCCCUUGUCAACAAGCAGCUGAUAACCAGUACUGGCAGCUGUUCCCGACUGGUGUAUUGUUGGUGUCGGCCUCUCGAAGGAUGUGCGUGACAACACCUGGUCAUAACGAUUGCAUCGCCAAUGCUACAGACAACUGGACCUAUACGGAGGCCAAGACCCUUUACCUGAAACCCUCGGACAAGUGUUUAACAGUUGCUGAAAACUCAACGCUUGUGAUGACGAGGUGUGAUGGGGGAGCGAACCAGAGAUGGAACUUUGCAAAAUCUAAGUUUCAAAUUCAUGGUACUUAAUUUAUGUAAAUAUGCUGAAACAUGAGUCUGAAUGUCUGUGUAAUAAACGGUAUUAUUUGUAA